UGCAGGAUACAGGGUGAAAGAGUUUGGUCGGUUAGAAGCUCCAGAUGGACCCUUAUUACUCAAACGAGUGUCAGUUUUAGUAGCUUUUAUUGUAGUUUCUUUCUUUCUUUCUUUUACAAUUGUAAAGUUUGAGUUUUAGAUGCUGGAAAGACUGAGAUAAUGCAAGUUACUGGGUCACAAGAGGACUUGUGAUAAAAUGAGGGAACAAAUGUCUGAUCUGCCAGGAGAUUAUGAAAAGUUUUGAGGACCUAUGGUGGAAUUAGAUCUGCGUAUGUAGGUGACAACAGGAUGUCGAUGCUGCCAUCAGAAAACAGCCCAGAAGAUGCCAACAAUCGCAGCUUCUGGAUGCCUGGGAACUAUCAGCGCACUGUGAAACGAACAGAAGAUGCCUUCCAGGCCUGCAGUGACAUAGUGGCGUGUUUCCAAGAGAGAGCCCGUGUGGAGAGGCAGUACGCCCAGCAGCUCAGCGAAUGGAGCAGCAAGUGGAAACCAGUAGUGGACUCCAGUCCACUGUAUGGAUCUCUGCUGAAGGCUUGGCAGUGUUUUUUGUCCUCUGCUGACCGGCUGGCCUCCUUACAUGCCUCUAUAUGUCGGUCCCUGGUGUCAGAGGAUGGAGACCAGGUCAGGACCUGGCAGAAGGACUCCUUCCACAAGAAGUUAUUUGGAGGCUUCAAGGAGUCCCAGGAUAUCGAGACGGGAUUUGCACGUGCUCAGAAGCCAUGGUCCAAACGACUUAAAAAGCUGGAUAAAGCCAGGAGUUCAUACCAUAAGGUGAGCCGUAAGGUGCAGACAGCCAGAGAGCGGGAAGCACAUGCUCAGGGAAACCCGGAUGUAGCCAUUGACAAACAGAAGAAGAUCCAAGAGGAGAGAGAACUAGUUCAACAGGAGGCAGAGAAGGUGCGUGUCCGCUAUGAGAAAGUCCUGGAGGAGGUAAAUCGUUAUGCUCCUCGCUACAUGGAGGAGAUGGAGUCCAUCUUUGACCAAGCACAGGACGAGGAGCGCAAGAGGAUUGUCUUCCUCAAACAGGCCCUUCUCUCCAUCCACAAGCAUCUGGACAUUACCAACAAUGAGAGUGUGAGGGCCGUGUACAAUGAGCUCCACAACACACUGAUGUCCAUCGACGAGCAAGAGGACCUUCGAUGGUGGAAAAAUACCUAUGGGCCUGGCAUGCCCACCGAUUGGCCUCAUUUCCAGGAAUGGACAUCUGAAAAGAAAGCCAACAAAGGGAAGAAAGAAGUAGAAAAGAAAGGAAUAACAGAGAAGAGUGUGAUGAUUGGAGGAGUGAAAGUAAGAGCUCUGUAUGAUUAUGUUGGCCAGGAGACGGAUGAGCUGUCAUUCAAAGCAGGUGAGGAGUUUCUGAAGAUUGAGGAUGAGGAUGAACAGGGCUGGUGUCGAGGCAGGAAGGAUGACGGGUGGGAGGGGCUUUACCCAGCCAACUAUGUGGACGUGGUGUAGUUAUGACAUGUGGACUGAAAAUGAAAGAUCUUGUUACAUCACAUGGUUCGUUUCACUGUGGAAGUUGCAACCUGGGUAAAUGUGUAAGUGUCAGAGAGAUUCAAUGAGUGCUGUAAAGAACCAUGACAAGUAGCCAAAGAUCUGGUCUGUGAUUAGAGUCUGAUCACACCUGGGUGGAUAUAGAGUUGUUUUUUUUAAAGCCCAAGUUGUGUGAUCUCUUAAAGGAUUUUGACAAAUGUUUUAAUAUAUACAGUAUGCAUAGACCACUUAUAUUGUAGCCAUAUGAUAAACAAUGCUUUAAAGUAAAGAAAAAACUGAUAAAUAUCCCAGACUCUAAAGGUACGUUAUAUAAUUAACCAUUUGGUGCUGAAAUUGCCUUAGAGGAUUUCUGUUUGCUUUGAGCGGUUUCAUUUUUUUCACUUCAACUCUUGCUUUUAAGUUGUUCACACAUUCUCACAACACAAGGAGAAAGUGACAGUAGUAGUGUGAUUAUAAUUAAUCUGAAGCAGCCGUACAUGGGGAGUCAGCUUGUUGGAUGUAGAUGGCUUUAUAUAACUUCAAUUUCUGUUAUGUUAUUGUUGUUUAAAGGAACAAGCUGAAGCUCAGAGGAAUGUUUGCUGUCUAACCUUCAGUGAAAAAACAAUAAGGAUAUCAGUUUUAUCUCUGUGUGUUUAGUACAGGGGGAAACUGUGAUCCUCCACUGCUAUCUUAGUUUGUAUUUUGUUUACUUAAAGUGACUAUUAUUAAUAUUUUUUAUAACCAGUGGAUCACUUGAGUACUUGUAUGUAAAAGGGGCUGAUUGUAGUGGCAAAGCCAGAAGAAACUCUUACCCAGCUGUGCACUUUCUCUACUAUCUGUGAAGCUUUAUGUCAGCUCAUUUCAUUGGUUUUCUGGCCUGCAACAUUAUUGUUUUGAUACACUGCUCUCAUGGUAUUGAUUUCAACAAAAACGCUCAUCACCACAAAGCAAAUAGACACAGUUAUAGACUAGCUUGUGAACACAGAGGAGCAUUUAGCAGCUAAAUCACUUGAUACUUCCUUCAGGGGUAAGUCAAGACCACAAAUAGAUCUAAAAAAGAGUAAAUAUUGGACUUACAUUUAUCACAUCCUCAGAAACACAAGAUCAAAUGAAUACUAGCGACUACCUACACGUGUUUUGCAAGCCGCCGUAUCAAUUUAAAGAAUGAAAAUAUGUGGAUAUUGUCCACUGUUUGCUCCCACAGCCCCUAAGGUGGCCAAAACUCAGUUAUUACAGCUAUAUCAGUGAUGGAAAUGGGAAAAACAAGACAAUGCCUUUUAAGAAAGGGUUUCUGAGAAGUUUUUUCUUCACCAGUUGACUCAGUGACAAACAUCCUGUAGUUAAAGUGGGGUUGUCAGGUUUGAGCUCCACCGUAAAAACAAAUUAAGGUGACUGUUGGACAUACUGGUGAUCAGUUUUCUAGAUGGAUACUGGCUGACUUAGCAGGUGCCUUUAAAAAUCAUAUAUGAAAACCUCAAAUACACUUCAAAAGGUGCACAAAUAAAGGUCAAAACUGUACAUAACAAAGUUUUUAAUGGUACAUUAGAAACAUAAAAAAUAGAUGAAGAUUGAAAUGUGGUCUCGCCACGGUGCAAUCACAAUAAUGCACUCCGAGGUUAUUCUGAUAUACUGUAAAGAAUAAUGGACUUGGCAGAGGAAAUGAUGCCUCACUUUAAGCUGCAGCCUUCUUUGCCACAACUUAAUGAAUUAUUUUCUUGUGCUGGGACACCUUGUUGUGCAUUAUCAUUAACAGUAUGUGUAAAUAAGCUUUGGAGUUCUUGGAAGCCUGUUGUUGAAGUUGAGUGGGUUGUCAAUUAAUUACAGUGAUGGUGGUUGAAUUCUUGGCCCCUUCUGCCCACACUGCACCUCAGCUCCUUGCCUGGCAGCUGCAUGUGAAGGAGAGGCAUACUGUAGAGCUCUUUGUCCACUAUGGUAGAAAAAUGCUAUAAAAGUGCAGUCCAUUUGUCUGUUUUUAAAUUUCAGUGGCGUGAGGCUUGGAGUUCCUCCUUGCUUCUAGUCGUUUCAUCCAGGACCCUUUACCCACAAGCAACUUAAGGCCAGAGUUAUCUUAAUUUUGAAACUAAGAUAAUCUUCAUGCCAAGAUGCUUUUGGGAAAGGAGGCACAGGUCUAAACAUAUUGUAGAUCUAAUGCUACCACUGUACAGGAUGUUCAAAGACUAAACCGAUAUCAUUCCUCUUCAUCAGAUUCUCACUUUGACACCAAACAUUUAUAUUUCGUACCUUGUCUGACUGUUCCUUUCAGAUAAGUACUGGGGAACAAAUAGUUUUCCUGUUUCUCUGUAGCAUCUGAUUAUCUGUUGCUAUACUGUAUGUACGAUGCCUGUUAUGGAGAGCAUAUUUACCAAAGUAAUGGCUUCCAGAAACCACUGGGUUUGCCUCGUCCUUGUACCUAAACGUCUUCAUUAUCUGUGUAUGUGCCAUGUGUCAUUAUUUCUCAUGUAAAACUAUACAUUUUCCCCAAGAACCUUUUUCUUUCUUUCUUUUCUUUUUUCUUUUUUGCAA